AAGUAAAAACAUAGGUACUUUAUUUAUAGUACAAACCACAGGGUGAAAUAUAGAUGAUUUCAUAUUGUUUUUCCAUGAUGCCUCACCUGCCGCCCCURACCCACGUCAGAAAGAAAACCUGUAGAAACCCUGAGUGCUGCUCCUGGAGAUGUUUUUGUUUGGAGCGUCAUGAUUUCCUGCAGCGUCGUCACGGUAACGGCCCAUCAAGAUGUCUCCUCAGAAACUUGCAGAGACCCGUCGGCUGCCGGGACGCAGAGGAGCCAUGAAGACGGAGACAUGUUUCCAUCUGGCUCUUCUGGGGAUGUUGGUCUGCGUCGUUCCACCGACUCCUUCCUCCAUCAGCUCCUCGUCCUUCAGAGACGUUCUGGUCUCGUGUCCUCAGGAUGCUGACGGCGCCUCCGGCCAGCGACGGAGAGCAGCUCCUCUCUGCAGCCAUGGCUUCAGGUUUCACUUCCAGCCUCAGACUCGGGAGAUUUCCAGGUCCGGGGAGAUUUUCCACGCCGCCCUGCAGAUCCUGAAAAACGCAGCAAAGCAGAAAUAUAACAGGAACUUCACAGCAUCAGAGCUUCUGACCCGGGAAAACCUGSAGCUGCUGGCAGAGCUGUCUCAGUGUCCGACUGAAACGGAUCCAGCCGUCUGUGAAGGAAGUCAUCAUGACAAAUACCGCAGCAUCUCAGGAGUCUGCAACAACAGACAGAAUCCUGACUGGGGCGCCGCCAACACGGCCUUGGUCCGAUGGCUUCCAGCUGAAUAUGAGGACGGAGAGGAGGAACCCAGAGGCUGGGACCCGCAGCGGCUCCAUCACGGAUCCCAGCUUCCCCCGCCGCGGCGUGUCAGCAGGGAGGUGGUGAGGACUUCCUGUAAGGACGCAGACGCUGCGUACUCCCAGCUGCUGGCGGACUGGGGUCAGUACAUCGACCACGAUGUGACCCUGACGCCGCAGAGCCUCAGCGGAGCSGCUUCCUGGACGCAGCAGGACUGCAGGACAUCCUGUGAAAACCUGCAUCCCUGCUUCCCCAUCCAGACCCAGGACUCCCUCUGCAUGCCGUUCCAGCGCUCCACGCCGGCCUGCUGCUCCAGGCCCGGCUCCGGCAUGCUGCGGGCUCUGCAGCGGCAGCAGCUGAACGCCGCCUCGUCCUUCAUCGACGCCUCUCUGGUGUACGGCCACACGCCGCAGCAGCAGAACGACCUCCGCGACCUCUCCGGCCGCAGCGGGAAGCUGGCCGUAAAUGGCCGCUUCCGGGACCGGCAGGGCAGACCUUACCUGCCCUUCGUAGCGGAGUCGCCGUCGGCGUGCGGCGCGGCGGGGCGCGGCCGAGGGGUGGAGUGUUUCCGGGCCGGAGACGGCCGGGUCAACGAGGACCUGCCUCUGAUCGCUCUGCACACGCUGUGGCUCCGGGAACACAACCGCCUGGCAGACGCCCUGCAGCUCCUCAACCAGCACUGGAGCCCGGAGGCCGUGUUCCAGGAGGCACGCAAGAUCGUUGGCGCCCUGCACCAGAUAAUAACGAUGAGAGAUUAUAUCCCUAAAGUAAUUGGCGCGGAGUCGUUUGAACGGCACAUCGGGCCCUAUGGCGGCUACGAUCCGACGGUGGACAGCUCGGCCUCCAACGUGUUCGCCACGGCGGCCUUCAGGUUCGGCCACGCCAACAUUCCUCCGAUCCUCAGCAGGCUGAACGAGAGCUUCCAGGAAGACCGGCGCUUCCCCCACCUGAGACUUCAGCAGGCUUUCUUCAGUCCCUGGAGGAUCGUUAAAGAAGGUGGCAUCGAGCCGACCUUGCGGGGSAUGGUUGCCACGGCGGCGGCGGUGGCGGCUCCGGACUCCCUSCUGGUGGAGGAGGUAACAGAGUCGCUGCUGGUUCUGGACUCCCAGCAGAACCUGGACCUGGCUGCCCUGAACCUGCAGAGGGGGCGGGACCACGGACUGCCGGGUUACAACGACUGGAGGGAUUUCUGUGGACUGAAGCGCAUCGAGACGUUGGACCAGCUGGCAGACGUGGUCAGAGAUCUUAGAGUCGCGGAGAAGAUUCUUCAUYUGUACCAACAUCCUGACAACAUCGACGUUUGGCUGGGAGGCCUGGUGGAAAACCUCCUGCCCGGCUCCAGAACCGGCCCGCUGUUCGCCUGCCUGAUCGGAAAGCAGAUGAAGCUUCUGCGGGACGGAGAUCGGUACGGA